CGCAUUGAGGAUGCGCUCCGGCUCUCUCGCUAUCUGAGCCGGUUGCCCGGGGUGACCGCUCCCUCAGUACGCGGACAGAGCUAUGGCGGCCUGUUGGGUGAGGCUGGCGCUGGUGACCGUCUGUCUGCUGCCCUGUCGGGCUCAGGCGGCCGGCAAAUACUCGCGGGAGAAAAAUGAAGGGACGGCAACGGGGAAGGGAGCGAUUGAAUUCAGGAUCGCCAAACUCAACCAGGUCUGGGAGAAGGCGCAGCGGCUCCAGUUCUCUCCUGUGAAACUAGCCGAGCUUCACAGUGACCUGAAAAUCCAGGAGAAGGAUGAGCUGAAUUGGAAGAAGUUGAAAGCUGAUGGGCUUGAUGAGGAUGGCGAGAAGGAAGCCAAGCUAAGGCGUAACUUCAACGUAAUCCUCACAAAGUACAGACUUGAUGGAAGAAAAGAUGCUGUGCCUAUGGACACAAAUUAUCUGAAAGACUCAAUGGACUCCGAAAAUGAUGUAUUUGAAGAUCCAAAGCUGGAGAAAUUGUGGAAUAAGGCAACAACAUCUGGGAAAUUUAACAAUGAUGAGGUUCGAAAACUGCGCCGUGAGUUCCAACACCACCAGGAUAAAAUUCAGGAAUAUCACAUCCUGCGGGAGACAGUCAGCAGGAAUGAAGACAUUUAUCAGAACGCGAUCAGUCCAUCUGAAGCCCAUGUUAAGGAAGAUUUACUACACUCCAAGCAUGCAGAGCUGAAGGAUAAGCAUCGCAAUGUCCAAGCAAGUUUUGAACGUUUGCGCAAACUCAUUCACCAAGGCUACGACGAGGACAGUGAAUUUUCUGAGCCAAGAGUACUUGAGCUGUGGGAUAUGGCAAAAAGGUCGAACUUCACAGAAGAUGAACUGGAUUCCAUUAAGGAGGAACUGAAGCACUUUGAGACAAAGAUCGAGAAGCACCAGCAUUAUCAGGAACAGCUGGACUUGUCCCAUCAAAAGCUUAAACAUGUGGAGACAAUUGGGGACAAGGAACACUUGUCUAGGAACAAAGAAAAGUAUGCAAUGCUAACAGAAAAGACAAAAGAACUCGGGUACAAGGUAAAGAAACACAUGCAAGAUCUUCUAGCUAGACUCUCGAAGGGAGGGCUAAAUCAUAAUGAGCUAUGACUUGUCUCUUGCCCAAAACCUGAAACUACUGUAUUCCUGUCGCUGGAACACGUACUAGAUCUAAAUGCGUACUAGUCAUAAGUCAUCAGUUUGAAGGACAUUCUCAAACAUAACUUAGCUUCUGUAAUGAUUCACCUCUUUUGCACAAAUCAUUGGAGACACCGGGAGUGAAACCCAUUUGGAACACAAGUUAUACACUGCUGCUUAUGCUGAACCACGCUUUUAAUUAAGGUACCUCUUUACGUAACUACUUUGGUUUGAAUAGAGUUUAUCAGGCAGCUUACCAUCUUUGUGUAAUCAACAUGUUUGAUAAAUUAAAUUCCAAGUUUCUGUACAUUGGUAUUUGUAAUGUUGCCACCUGUUCACUGUAUCAUUUAUGGAUCUAUAGACAGGGUUUGAGUCAACCUAUGACAGACUAACAAAUUUGUUUUGCUCAACUUUAUAUAUCUCCAAAAGUGAACUUGACAAACUCUGCUGAAGUCAUACAGAAGAUGGUGUUACCUUCUCUAACGUGCAUUGUGUCCAAUACAAUCAGGGCCAUUACACCAUUGCAAUACUGAGGAAGAUGAGACAUUAAUCUGGAAGUGCCCCCUUGGGUGAAUGUAAAAGAUCCCAUCACACUAUUCAAAGAGGAGCAAGGAACCUCUACCCAGAUGAACUGGUCAAUAUUUAACCUUUAACCAACAUUAUUAAAACAACAGAUUACCAGGUCGUUGUCUGUUUUGUGGGAGCUUGCUGUGUGUAAAUUGGCUACCACAUUUCAACAGCUGCUGCACUUCCAAGUACUUCAUUGGACAUUCUGAGGCUCUGAAAGGUGCCAUAUAAAUGCAAGUCCUUUUGUUUUUUAACACGAGGAAUCAAACAAGCAACAAAUGCAGUAAAUUGGAUGAUUAUCAUUUGUGUAAUGCAUUUUACUGCAUAAAUACUACCAUUUAGGCAUUAAGUUGCCCCAGUGAUAAUAGCUGUUACUAAGAAAAGGACUUUUCCAAUCACUUUCCUCACUCACCACUUCCUCUGUACAAAUCACUUGUGUUUGUACCAGACUACCAUCCAUUGUGUGCAAGCCUCCAGAGAAUUGCAGUGCUGGCAUCUGUUGAAACGUGCACCUGUAAGUUUUUCGCCAGUCUAAGUAUCCAGAUCUGCCUCCAUCUCCCUUUUAGACAUUUUUUGCAUUUACCAGAGUAAACAAGAUGACUUUGGUUCCUGAACCCGGUCUCUUCUUUCUCUUCCCCUCCGCCAAACAAAAGCCAGCUCAACUUGCUGAGUACAAGUUCCCAUCUGCCUUCUGUAAGGUUAAUAAUAAGGACAUUUUUUCUGCCUGACGUGCAAGACAGGCUGCCUCUCUCUACUGUUGCUUGCUCUCCAUCUUUCAGACUGACUUGUUUCUAUCAGGUUCAGUGAUAUCUUAGAAAACUCAAGCCAGUACUCCAAUGGCUUUCUAUUUUUUUCCCAAAAGUCCAUCCCCAUGGUCGUGUGAAUCACAUGGUCUGUGUAUCUGGGUAGAAAUCUAAUUACCUAUCCUCUAAACCCCCAACUCCAUUCUAUCUUGGAAAUAAAUAGACAGUUUAAUGUAUAACUGUUAGUAAAACCUGAAAUUCCUAACACCUUCCUGUGAGACUUGGAGAUUAAGUCUACUCACAGUCAAUACAACUGCUCUUGCUUUGUCUACAAGUGUGAACAUUUUGUACCACCUUUCCAGUAAACAACCAGGCCACACAAGCUUGUUAUCAGGCAGAAAUAAGAACAGCUCACAUGACCCCCUCAUUCCUCCAUUUUACUCUAAAUUAAAGAGACAGUCCCAAAACAUAAUCUUAUAAACUUUGUAUUUUGUCCUCAAGUUUCAUUCUGUGAAAAGAUGGGAUCUGCUUCCAUCUGGAAACGUAGGAACAAGCGUAGGCCAUUUAGCCCCUUGAACACGUUCUAUCACUAAAUUAGAUCAUGGCUGUUAUGUAUCUUGGAUCUACUUACCAAACUUGGUUCCAAAACCCUUUAUUCCCUUGCCUAAUAUAAACCUCUCUUAACCCCUCCACUGUCUCAGUGCAGUCAAGCUGCUUGUCCAAUAACCUAUUUUUAUAUGAGCUGCACUUUUUUUUGGUUAAAGAUGAGGAAGACUGAUGCCCUCUCCUGUGAACUUUGUACCUUUGCCAUCCCCUUCCCUGGCCACCAUCUCGGCCUGGAGCUGAGCUUCUGGCAUCAGAUCCUCUCUUUCACUUGGGGGAGAAAACACCUCUUUUCACCUCCAUAACACUAGACCAGCAGUGGGUCUUGCUCCUCCCAACCUCCAAUUUAAAAGUGCUUGCUCUUGUAUUUCUAUACCAACCCUUCCUUACCUCUUUAUUUAACCUUGAGCCCUAGAGCCCCUACAGAAUUCUAAAGGAAGCAGAGUGCAGACUGCAGAAGAGGCAUUGCAGGAGGCUUCCAAAUAUCUUCUUUGAUUUCAGAAGAUGAAAACAUGGGAAAAAACCAGUGGAAAAGGGGGUGAAAAUAAAGUAAAUUAAGCUUGAGUGGGGCGGGGGGUGCAAAGUGAGUGACAGGGCAAGUCUCCCAGUUCAGUACUUGUGGUGUAAAGGCACUGUCAUAAAGCCUGCAUGACAUCAGAUUUUUACCUUGUGCUGGACCAUGGCUUCAUUUCCCAGCCUUCCCUCAGGGUCCAAGGACAUUGCCUUUUGUCCUCAAUUGCAAGGGCCAGAAAAAUGCUGGAUUGGAAAGAAUAUAUUGCGGCAGUUCUGCAAGACAGCAGCAUUGCGGAUAUUGCCAUAGUUGGAUGCACCCCCAAAAACAAAAGGAUUUGGGCAUGUAGGAACGGCGGUGUGUUGGGCCAGAUUACAUCCCAGGAGAUCGAAGUGAUCAUCGACAAAGACAGAAAGUCGAUCCUCCAAAACGGGAUCACCAUCAGUGGAAAGAAGUAUUCCAUCAUCCGUGACAACAUGCUGCUGGAGAAGAAUCCCUCGAUGGAUGUCAGGACACUGGGCGAUGAAGGAAGGAGCAUCUGUAUUGGGAAAUCUUCCAAAGCUUUGAUGUUUCUGAUGGGGCAGAAGGGAGUUCAUGGAGGAGUUGUCAACAAAAAGAUGCAUGACUUAGUGGAUUCUCUAAACAGAAAUGGCAACAUCUAAUUUACCCAUGGGUGAAAUAAAGCUGGUAAAACAUA